AUGUCAGGAAAAAUUGAAGUGUAUUAUUCAAGUGUUUCUGGAGACAGACAAGCUAAUAAAAUUACUUACCAUCUUGUUGAUAUAUCAUCAAAUGAAGAAGCAUUAAAAUAUUUGAAAAGAAAAAGUAAAGCUGGAAAAUAUCCUCAAAUCUUUGUUGAUGGUGCAUUUAAAUGU